AUGACUGCCCCAGACGCGACUGUCAUGAUCUCAUCUCCUCCCGUUCAUCACGAUGUGGACAUUCCUGAAGCAUCCCCUUCGCUACCGUUCAAUGUGCUUCCAUUGGAGUGUCGACAGCAGAUUUUACGUGACCUUCCAGACAUUGAAUCGCUCAAAUCCGCCAUAAUAAGUCAUCCCUUCUUGUACUCGGCUUUUUACAAUAACAAGACUCCAACCAUAUUGCAAAUCAUUCAACGUCAAAUACCCAGAGAGCUACUCGCAUACGCUGUCCUGUGCUCCCAUGCACGGAAUAUCGAGCCAUGGACGAGGUCAAAAGUCCUCGAUAUCCUAGACCUGUACUUCAACCGUCGCCUGGUUGACUCGUUCAACUGGACUAUAGGAGCGGCUCUGGAUCUGGUGACCUUCCAUGAAAGUGUGACCUUUUUCACCAAUGAUUAUAUCGACAACGCUCUGGGUCUCGUCGCGCCUUUGCAUUUUCCCAUCCACGCACCCUCCGAGACCGAGUGGUGCCGUGUCGCUCGGGCAUUCUACUUACAGGAGACGAUCAACCAUCUCUUCUGCUUCCGGAGCCGAGAAGACCGCUGGAUCAGUGGCGGCAUCAAAUAUGCACGUCCAUCGCCCUCUGAAUUCCUGCCUCGGGAAAAACUUGAAAUAUUCUUCAGCAAGCACGCGCCCUGGGAGAUGGAGCAAAUCGGCGCACUACUAAAAGAAUUGACGGCCCUUCAUCGGUUUGUCGCUAGAGCCAACAAUAACAGCCGCCUCGGGCUUAUCUCGAUUCGGAACUCACGCUGCUCGAACUGGCUUUUGGUCAACGAACUCGAAUACUUGCAGAGACUCUCUGUACAGKGCUUUGGGGGUACGUUCUACCGAGAUCUUACACCUGAACAAAUUGCCGAGGUCGUGGGAAAGUCCUUUACCUACGACAGCGACUGCGGCCCCCAACAGGCAUGGCAAUGGGCCCAUCGCGAUUCUCGUUGCUGUCAAUUAAUUUGUUCGACGGAGCAGCGCGAGCUUCGUCGAUUUGGAUAUGUCAUGUGGGACAACCAGCGUCUCCAGCAGUGGAGAGCUCUGGGGGCUGCUUUCCAGGCGCCUCAGGAAGACGAUGACAUUCGGACGGGCAGACGCUGGAUGGCCAUGUGGCCGUUAAUUGAAAAAAGACGGAGGAUGUACGAACAUGGGGCGCGCGGUUGGUGGGACGGCGAAGAUGGGGAAGGAAUAAGAUGGAUUCACGGGGUGAAAUCACCAAAAACCCAGCGGAGACUGUUGCAGUAG